UUACCUGUAAUUGUAAAUAUAUUACAUAUUUACAUCAGACCCCCCAAUCCCCCCCGUAAUUCGAACACUGCUCGUUGCCCUAUGGCCAGGCAUCAAAAAAUCAAAUGUCAUUAAUAAUUUGUAGGAAAUAGCAUUUCCGCAUCGAAAGUCCUUGUAAUAAAACAGGGACGUAUGUCUUGUUCUGAACUGCCUUGCGUCUAAACGUAAGCGUCGACGGUUAAGGAAACCUUUCCAUUCAUUCAUUCAUUCAUUCAUUCAUUCAUUCAUUCAUUCAUUCAUAAACCUUUUCUUUCUUUGCAGUUAGAACCAGUGCAGUUUCCCUGACGAAGAAUGUUCUUUGAAUCUUUGAAAGAUCUUUGAAGAUCUUAACAGGCAAAUUCAAAGACCCCCUCAAUUGAGGCUUUAGGCAUAAGAUGUAAAAGUUAGCUUGUAUACUAUUUUUUUUCUAAAUAAGUUACUUUCAGGAUACAUGUCCAACGUCCUUGUGCAUGCACCUCAUUUCUUUUUGCUUCAAUUUUUCAACUGAAAACUAAAUAGGGCUAUGCAAAGGGGUAGGCCUAUUUCCUCAGACAUGUGCCAGAAAACAGAAAGUUGGAGGCUCCAUUCGUUUAAAUAGCUAAUUUGCUUACAUCAUCCUAUCUGUUCUGUAUAGUAGGUCACAGUCUGUCCUAAAUGUGGAACUGUCCAUAUUGGAAGUUACUGUGAUGUUCAGCUCUCUUGUGUCACCUAUGGAAACUUCCACCAAAGGUCUGUGGUGGAGGACCUCGUGGACAGCCAUGGCCGCAUCGCCGCAAUCCAUUUUCAUGAACUCCGCCGACCUCAUCAAGAGGGAGCCCCUGGAGUGCGGCGGCUUCGGCGAAGUGUUCCUGUGUUACCACAGGACGCACGGCCAGGUGGUCCUUAAGACGGUGUUCACCGGACCCACGUUGAACGAGGGAAACAGGCGGUCGCUGGUGAAGGAGGGCACCCUGAUGCUCAAGCUGAACCACGAGCGCAUCGUCAAGCUGCUGGGGAUGAUUUUGGAGAAUGGGGCGUACUCGCUAGUGAUGGAACUGAUCCCCAAGGGCAACCUGCUCUCUUUGCUGCAGGAUGCGCCUGUAAGCGUACCACUAUCCAUCAAGGGGAGGAUUAUUCUGGAGAUCCUGGAGGGAAUGGUGUAUUUAACCAAGAAAGAUGUCAUUCACAAGGACCUGAAACCAGAGAACAUUCUGGUAGACAAGGACUUCCACAUCAAGAUAGCAGACCUGGGUCUGGCCACCUAUCAGACCUGGAGCCGGCUGACUAAGGAGGCGUCCCGACGGAAGAGCCGGAAGGGGGGGCGGAGCAGCGCCUGCACGGCGGGAACACUCUUCUACAUGGCUCCCGAGCACCUGGACAGCAUCAACACGCGCUCCUCCGAGAAGUCCGACGUCUACAGCUUCGCUAUCGUCGUCUGGGUCAUCCUCGCCAACAAGGAGCCGUACGAGAAUGCCCGGAAUGACGACCACGUAUGUCAGUGUGUGCGUAACGGUGACCGCCCGGAUGAAACGGCCAUUCCUUCUGAAACGCCUGAGGAGAUGAAAGCGUUAAUGAAGAACUGCUGGAACCACAACCCUAAGCAGCGGCCAACCUUUGCGGAGAGCUACAGUUCGUUCCAGCCCUUCUACAGGGACAAUUUGGAAAAAGAUGUGGAGCAAGAUAUUUCACAGCUCAUGGUGACGUACGAAGGGCCCAACCACUAUUUGGAAAUUAUGAAAUCCAUGUCCCUGGAUAGGACAUAUACAGAUUCUCCAGCGCCGCUGCGGAGCUCGGACAGCAUGCCCAUCGAGGCCAGCAUCGAGGACCUUCGGCUCUCGGAGCCCGGCAGGGAGGAUCCCCUGCAGACCGACGCCGGCCCCAUCGAAGACAGCAGCCUGAAGCUCAAACUGGAGCAGGAGCUGGGCUACCACCAGCACGGCAGCUACAGCUGCCUGGAGCACCCCUCCCCGACGUCCCACCAAAGCCCCGCCCCCUACGCCGCAUCUCCCUUGAACGCCGCAUCUCCCUUGAACGCCGCACCGUUCUGGAACGGCCCCCUGGAGAGGGGCGUCCCGCUCCAGGAGUCCUCGGUCCAGUCCUGGAACAAGGAUGAGCCCGUCCCGCCGAUCGACUCGUACAGCACGCUGUCCAGUUCCAACUACAAGGCCUCGCCCAUAAGCCCCGUCCCUGGUGCGGGAGUAAGCCCCAUUUCGAUGAACCACUAUCAGCAAUUCCACCGCCUCUACUCCAACCCGGCCAAUCCCACACCAGAGUCUGAUGUCACAGCUGGAAAAUACCACAGCAUGUCUGCUAAGAUGCCAUCUCAAGACACAGGAAGCCUGUUCAUACACAACGCCAGCGGGAUUCAGAUCGGUAACAAUAACCGCAUGAGUCUUCGGAGCCAGGAUUUAGGAUCUGGCAGCUACCAGCAGAGCAGCAACAGCUUGUACAAUGACCUUCUACUGCUGUACGAGGACUGUCCGGUGAGGGAGGAGCACCUGGACCUCCUCAGGAAGAACAUAGGGGCCCAGUGGAAGUCCUGCGCUCGGCAGCUGGGACUGACGGAGACGGAGGUGGAGACCAUCGACCACGACUACAACCGGGAUGGGCUGAAUGAGAAGGUGUACCAGAUGCUGGAGAAGUGGAGGAUGAAGGAGGGCUUAGUGGGCUGCACCAUGGGAAGGCUGUGCCGCCUGCUCGGCAGCUCCAUCAGAGUGGACCUGCGCUGCGAGCUGCUUCAGCUCUGCCAAAAUCCCACAUCCCCAUUGACCCCAAAAACCCACAUCCCAUAGACGGACUCCCCCAAAAACCCAUGUCCCCAUAGACCGACUCCCCCAAAAACCCAUGUCCCCAUAGACCGACUCCCCCAAAAACCCAUGUCCCCAUAGACCGACUCCCCCAAAAACCCAUGUCCCCAUAGACCGACUCCCCCAAAAACCCAUGUCCCCAUAGACCCACUCCCCCAAAACCCAUGUCUGAUAGAUCCACUCCCCCAAAAACCUACAUCUCAUAGACCUACUCCCCCAAAAACCCAUAUCCCCAUAGACCCACUCCCCCAAAACCCAUGUCCCCAUAGACCCACUCCCCCAAAACCCAUGUCUGAUAGAUCCACUCCGCCAAAAACCCACAUCUCAUAGACCUACUCCCCCAAAAACCCAUAUCCCCAUAGACCCACUCCCCCAAAAACCCAUGUCCAAUAGACCCACUCCCCCAAAAACCAAACAUCCCAUAGACCCACUCACCCAAAAACCCACGUCCCCAUAGACCCAGUGCCCCCAAAACCCACAUCCCCAUAGACCUACUACCCCAAAAACUCACAUCCCCAUAAACCCACUCAUCAAAAAACUCACAUGCCCAUAGACCCAGUCCCCAAAAACCAACAUGUCCAUAGACCCACUCUGCCAAAGCACCUUACUCCCCCGCAAUAAUCUACCUUCCUAGGCAGUCAAAAGUGUUUCUUAUCAUUCGGUUAUUUUUUUGUGUUUAAAUACAUUGCUGUUAUUUUAGGGUUUGACAUUUUUAUUGGUUUUGAUCAUUGUGUCAUUUGAAAUUAUGAAAAACGAACUGUCCAGCAGAUGUACCACGGACAUUACUCUCUUCCAUCUGAACUAAAUCUUUCAUCUUCCCUGCACUACUGUAUCUUGGCCACUAGGGGAUGCCUAUAAUGUGUACAUGUUCUGAACUGUGAUGGGAGCAACAUUCCUGUGAACCUUCAUAUCGGGUUUAGCAUUAAGGAUGGAGGCACAGUUGAGCACAGGAUUUGUGUGAACAUGCUGCUGGUAAAUUCAGCCCCUGCGGUGAACACAGCUGCAGUAGACUGAUACAGAGGUGAAUUGCCAUAAAGUUGAAUUAUAUUACAUAUUGUAUUAGUUCACAAGGUAUCAGGCUUGACUCGGCUUCAGUUUAGGUUUUAGCAGAAGUGAUAGACAUGUACCCCUCUGAACUGGUCUGCUCUGGCCCCAAUGCAGCUGUACUACUGACACAAACUGCAUCCAGCUCUUCACUUCCAAGUGCAGUUGCUGUUCACAUGGUUUGUGCUGUCAAAUCAGGGUCGGAAAGAGGGCCAAUCAGUGUUGCUAUUUCAAACCAGCUUUUUAAACAUAUCCCACAUUUCCCCAGUGCCUUGUGAAAACUGUAAAUGGUAAAAGAAAUGAAUCAAUAAUGUCUGCUCACCAAUUCUUUGCAAGCCAACAGUUGGUAAACAUUUUGGUAAAAUUUUCUUUUUUAAAGAAAAAAAUUAAUAAAAGGCAUUGCUUUAGAUUCUUUAGCAUUUCAUAAGUA